AAGGCACUUAGGGAAGAAGUAGGAGAAAGACAAGCCUCCAAGACCACGCCGCUAAAAAAAGAGGCACGAGGGAGAGAAAACUAGUAGAGAUGAACGGGAAAUUGGGUAGUGGGGGGGGUGGCUGGGAAGAGAAAGAAUAACAGGAAGUGAUGUCGUGCGCACGUGCUUCUAAAAUGCGCUUGCGUGUUAGCCCUUGAUUUCCCACCCACCCCCCACCCCCGUCCUCCGCGCGCUGCCGAGUCACGAGGGUGGGACGAGCGGGAGUGGAGGCGGGGCUGCGGUCCCUGCGACGCAGGCGCAGUGGGAGAGUCCAGUGGCGCUGGGCGCCCCUCACACCGCUCUGGAUCCGGGUCCGUCAGGCCCCCGGGUCCGGAGAAGAGUGGAGCGGACUGGACCUGGUCGAGCAACUGCCUCUGCCGCUGGGGGCAUUAACAGAUAACAACUAUAACAGUGAAGCAACUUCCACAAUGAAAUCUGAAGCCAAAGAUGGAGAAGAAGAGAGUCUGCAGACUGCUUUCAAGAAGCUAAGGGUGGAUGCAGCAGGCAAUCUCAAGUUUCUGCCAGAGAAGAAAAAUGAUCUCCAGAUCCAUAGCUUCUCUUUCUGUUGGAGAGGGAACAAGUGUCAGAGCAUCAGUUAGGACAGCUACAGAUGAGACCAAACCUAAAGCUAUAUGUGCAUCAAAAGACAGUUGGCACAGUUCUACAAGAAAGGCUUCACGAGGAGUAGUGAGAACACAGCGUCGUCGGCGUUCCAAGUCUCCAGUUCUUCAUGCUCCAAAGUUUAUACACUGCAGUACAAAGCCUGCAUCUUCCACCAGUCAGCUCAGACACAAAAGCCAAACUGACUGUUCUGACAGCAAUAGCCGCCAUGGGAUUCUACCUUCUAAUGAGUUCAGCACAAGGGAAUGCUCUAUUUCUUCUCUAAGUGAGGCUAAUCACACAAGAGUGGUGAAGGAGCCCUUGGGGGCUAUAGUUUCUGAUGGUGCAUCAGAAGGCAAAACAGAAGAAGAUUCCUCUGAUGCUGCUCUGGUCUCCCAAGCAAGCCUCAAGGCCAGUGAUCUCUCUGACUUUCAAUCGGUAUCCAAGCUGAAUCUGGGCAGGCCAUGUGCAUGUGUAGGCAAGGAAUGCCAGUGUAAGAGGUGGCAAGACAUGGAAGUGUACUCCUUCUCAGGCUUCCAGAAUGUCCCUCCCUUGGCACCAGAACGAAGAUCCACCCUUGAGGACUACUCGCAGUCUUUCCAUACCAGAACUCCAUCUGGCUCACCCCGCUCUUGUUCUGAGCAAGCUAGGGCCUAUGUGGAUGAUGUGACUAUUGAAGAUCUUUCAGGCUACAUGGAAUAUUACUUGUAUAUUCCCAAGAAAAUGUCCCAUAUGGCAGAAAUGAUGUACACCUGAUAGCAAUAAGCAACAUCACAUGCUUUAAAAACCAUUGAAGGGUUGGAAAAGUGACAGUACUGGCAGACCGCUCAGCCACUCUGUGUGAGAAGAUACCUUCCUCUGCUCACUGUGCUUGCAAUAAAAACAUUUCUUUGCAUCUCAA